UGUAAAAUGACAGUAUCUCAAUACACAUUAAGCCCUUUUAGUUUUUGUUCUGCAGUUUCCCUAGAGUCACCUUGGACACUGGCAGCCAAAUAUUAUACAAUCUUCUGGGUGCUGACAGCAUUACUCCACAGAGUAACUGUUCCUUUCCCCUUUGUCUAUUGUCUGUUGUACUGUAUUUGAGCAACAGUACUGGGAGGUCACGUGGUUCUGGAUUACUGGGCUGAAACAAGGGACAUGACUUGGCUUGGCUCAAAUGGAAAUGUUACUCAGGUACGCGACUCUCCAUUCAUUGUUCCCUGACCAUACACAAUCUGAACAUUGUCAGUAGUAGAGCACAGAAGCAGCGGGCACAGUGAAGAGGUAUGGAGAGGCUCGGGGGCUGUAUGGCAACGUGCAGGGGUGAAAAACACAAUACGGAGGGAGACAGGAGACUAGAAUCCAAACCGCCCAAUAAGAUUCUAUGGGGAUCACUGACCGCCGUUUUGAUAUUAACUUUUAUUGCAAUUACUGUUAUAGGAAUUCUGGGAUUUAAACCAAAUAAUCAAAAGUCUUUUUUUCAGAUCGUUCGAAUAUCAUUUCAAGACCAGUCUGGCUCCUUGGUGAACCAGUCUGCCUUAGUUGACAAGCAGAAGGAUGUAGUAACAUAUUACGUAACGUCCCAAACUAACCACACUACGGCAGUGCUGUUUGACUUGCAAAACGGUUUAUUAUGUUACAAGCCUGAUAACCAAGACACAUGCUUCCUGCGGAAAAUGGAAAGUGCCGAUUUAGAAAACGUUCAGACCAUUCUGAACAUGUCGAAACACAAGGUGAAUCAGUUUUGGUUGCAAGGCAACCAGACCAGAUAUCAUACAGAAUUCUUAGGUGUCUUGGGAAGGAAUCAAGUGGAGCCCUUGACAUUAGGGGAACCAUUCCAGACCCUCUGUGAUCGCAUACCCAUCUUCUGGGUGAGGAAAGCUCAAGGUCCAGGAAAACAAAGAUUAAUUUACUUCUGCAUUGAUAUAUGCUUUCCAAACAACAUCUGUGUUUCGGUCUGCUUCUAUUACCUUCCUGACUGAACCGCAUACCAUUAUGCCAAAGGAACAAAGUGGCCCUUUUUUCCCAUGCCGUCUAUCUAUUUGAAUACAUACUCUGAAAAACACUUUGGUAAACUUGAGCUGCAUUGAACACUGACCAAAAAUCAAAGGGCCAGGUUUAGUAACCUUUAACUCAGUAGAAAGUCAGCACCCUUUAUUUGCAAAAGGAAUGUUAUCCAUCCAAAAGUUUAGACAGCCAGACUUUCUUUUAGAAGGAAAUAGUGCAAAUUACAAACUUGUCAAGGCUCAGUCCUUACCAUAGACGCGGUUGGAAGGGAAACGGAAGCUCUGUCUAGCACUUGCGCAAAUGUAUGAUUCGGAGCAAGUUGUUCCAAAAUUGUAUUGGAAGAGAAAAGGCCCAGAUAUUUGAAAGAUUUGCGCACCAAGCAGAGGGUUAUGCGUGUCGCAAAUGGCCGUUAUGCGCGAAUGUGCGAAAUGUGCCAUAUUCGAAACUUCUUUUUGCGUGACACAAUCCAUUUUGCGCUGUGCACAAAUAUAAUGUAUGCAUAGGGCAAUUUGGCCGGAGUGGCUGACAAUUUGCGAGAUCCUGCCAUGUUCGAAGGUAUGCGCCAAGCACAAAACCAGUUUUGCGAGGCACAAAAUAACGCUUUUAAAAAGCAAGCCUUAACUCCUCACACAUCACUCCAGCACAGUAUUACAACAAAGGAAAACACCCAGUGAUCAUACAAGGUUCUGUCCACAUCUAUAUAAUGAUUAUAUUCAAAAGAACGAUUGUGAUAGCAGCAUCACUAGUUUUAAUACAUGUUUAAAAAAUAAACAGGGAAGCUGCAAUCAUUCUUUCGGAUCGAAAGAAAACUAAUCACUUUCCCAAGCAGCUUUCUUGGUGCUGAAAGAAUAACUCCCAAAACAGAAUCACGAGUACAGCGCGAUAUCAUAGUACAUACCGUCUGUGUGUAACAUAGACCGAGCCAGCAGAUACUAAACAACUACCUGUGUAAUGCAGGAACGUUUUACUUUAAUAGACACAUACAGCAGUAUAUCAACCCUAGAUCAAUCAAGCAACAGUUUGCACCUCCUUACCUUGCAUUCACAUAGAUUUCAAUAUCAAAGACACUGCUUAUACAGUAGUAGGCUAGGCUAUUGAUUACUGUAUUGGUAAAUUUUAUCAGCGUUUUGAAUGUAAAAUGUACAAAAGGCGCACCUUUCUUAUUCCACUGCCUGUUCAGCCCGUUUUAUUUAAGUUCAAUUAAU